AUGAACGGCGGAGGAAAGGUGGUCUGCGUCACCGGAGCUUCCGGUUACAUAGCGUCUUGGAUUGUUAAGCUUUUGCUCAUCCGUGGCUACACCGUCAGGGCCACCGUUCGAGAUCCAUCGGACACGAAGAAAACAGAACAUCUUCUUGCACUUGACGGUGCAAAAGAAAGACUCAAAUUGUUCAAAGCAGAUCUUUUGGAAGAAUGUUCCUUCGAGCAAGCUAUCGAAGGUUGUGACGCUAUCUUCCAUACCGCUUCUCCGGUUAAAUUCAUCGUCACGGAUCCUCAGACCGAGCUGAUUGAUCCAGCGGUGAAGGGAACUAUUAACGUCCUUAAUACAUGCAAAAAGGUUUCCUCUGUCAAAAGGGUCAUUGUAACAUCAUCAAUGGCUGCGGUUCUUGUUCAUCGAUUCCCUUUAGGACCAAGCGACGUGGUGGACGAGACCUUCUUCUCCGAUCCAAGUGUCUGCAUGGAAUCAAAGUAUUGGUAUCCACUCUCCAAGACUUUGGCAGAGGAUGCAGCGUGGCAACUUGCCAAAGACAACGGGAUCGACAUGGUUGUGAUGAAUCCAGGAUUUACAAUCGGACCACUUUUGCAACCGACUCUUAAUUUUUCGGUGGGGAUCAUUGUGGAUAUGGUAAAUGGUACGAACCCUUUCAACAGUAGAUACUACAGGUUCGUGGACGUGAGAGAUGUUGCAUUCGCUCAUGUCAAAGCGUUGGAGACUCCUUUAGCCAAUGGCAGGUACAUCCUCGAUGGUCCAAGUAUGACAAUGAACGACAUUAGAGAGAUUAUACAUGAGUUAUUUCCAGAGUUGUGUCUUGCUAACACGAUUGGAGAAGAUGAGAUGGGUGGAAUGAUUUACAAAGUUUGUUUGGAGAAAGUGAAGAAUUUGGGAGUUGAGUUCACUCCUAUGAAAUCAAGCCUUAGAGACACUAUUAUUAGCCUCAAGGAAAAAUGUCAUUUAUGA